UUUCGCACUAUCCUCGAGGCACGCCCCCUUGAGAAAAUUUUUGCUCCAGAUCCAAAGACCUCUUAUCUCAGAGUUCAAUUAAACUCGAUUUUUUCACCUGGCAGGUGUUCCAGGCGAGAUAAAUCGUGUGCGUAGCGGGAGUGGGACAAAUAUUAUUGCAUUCUAAUUGAACGAAAGGGGAGCAGACGCGAUGGCUCUUUUAUCAAACCGCAUCUCGACUGGCUGCAGAGUGGCUGACCAGUUCAAGCUGGCACUCAAUAAAACGACAGCCAGUCAAUUUCGAACCAGCGCUGCAAUCAUGGAGAAAUAUAGGUUGGAGAGGGACACUUUUGGCGAGCUGAAGGUUCCUGUGGAGAAAUACUAUGGCGCUCAAACAGUCCGAUCGGUGAUGAACUUUCCCAUUGGCGGCGAAACGGAGCGAAUGCCUGUCCCCGUCGUCACCGCAAUGGGAAUGCUGAAAAAGGCUGCGGCCCUCGUCAACAAGGAGUACGGACUGGACCCCAAAGUGGCUGACGCCAUCAGCCAGGCGGCCGACGAAGUCAUCAGUGGCAAACUGUACAAGGACCAUUUCCCCCUUGUCAUCUGGCAGACUGGGUCCGGAACCCAGACCAACAUGAACACCAACGAAGUCAUCAGUAAUCGUGCCAUUGAAAUCAUGGGUGGAGAACUCGGAAGCAAAACUCCCGUCCACCCCAAUGACCACGUCAAUAAGAGCCAAAGCUCAAACGACACUUUCCCGACUGCUAUGCAUGUUGCUGUUGCCGUUGAAGUCCAGAAAACUCUCUUGCCAGGACUGAAGGCUCUGCACGACUCACUAGAUGCGAAAGCAAAUGAAUUUAAAGACAUCAUCAAAAUUGGCAGAACCCACACCCAGGAUGCAACACCUUUGACUUUGGGUCAAGAAUUUAGCGGCUACGUCCAGCAGAUCAAGUUCGGCAUUGACAGAAUCAAUGCCUGCCUCCCAAGGCUGUACCUCCUGGCUGCUGGCGGCACUGCUGUCGGAACUGGUCUGAAUACAAGAAUAGGAUUUGCUGAGAAGGUUGCUGCUAAGCUGGCAGAGUUGACUGGUCUUCCUUUUGAAACUGCCCCCAACAAAUUUGAAGCCUUGGCUUGCCACGACGCAAUGGUUGAAGUUUCCGGCGCGCUCAACACAAUUGCCUGCAGCUUCAUGAAAAUUGCCAACGACAUUAGAUUUCUUGCCUCUGGACCCCGUUGUGGUCUCGGUGAACUGAGCUUGCCUGAAAACGAACCUGGAAGCAGCAUCAUGCCUGGAAAGGUUAACCCAACUCAGUGUGAGGCCAUGACUAUGGUCGCUGCCCAGGUUAUGGGAAAUCACGUCGCAGUGACGAUUGGAGGCAGCAACGGCCACUUCGAGUUGAACGUCUUCAAACCCAUGAUGGUCGCAAACGUCCUCAGAUCUAUUCGUCUGCUUGGUGAUGCAGCCAACGCCUUCACCACCAAUUGCGUUGUUGGCAUUGUGGCCAACAAGGAGCAAAUUCAUAAACUUCUCCACGAGUCUCUUAUGCUGGUCACUGCUUUGAAUCCUCACAUCGGCUACGAUAAGGCUGCGAAAAUUGCAAAAACUGCACACAAGGAAGGUUCUACCUUGAAAGCUACAGCCUUGAAACUUGGAUACCUGACAGAGGAGCAGUUCAACGAGUGGGUCAAGCCAGAAGACAUGUUGGGCCCCAAGUAAAUUUGUUUUUGCUUGUGUACAUACAUUUGGGAAAAUUGAAAUAAUAAUAUUAAACAACACUUAAGGUA